AUGGACUUUAAAUAUAAACUGAUUAAAGAUAGCAAUCUCAAAUUUGGGAUUAUUCCUCAGGAGCUGCAUUCAAGAUUAUUGGAUCAGGAAGACUAUAAGAACCGGACUCAGGCUGUUGAAGAACUAAAGCAGGUGCUGGGAAAAUUUAACCCUAGCUCUACCCCUCAUUCUAGUCUUGUUGGUUUCAUUAGCUUGUUGUAUAAUUUGUUAGAUGAUUCUAACUUCAAAGUGGUCCAUAGCACUCUUCAGGUCCUGCAUUUACUAGUCAUUCGCCUUGGAGAGCAGGUCCAACAAUUCUUAGAACCAGUUAUAGCAGCUUCUGUCAAAGUACUAGCAGACAACAAGUUGGUGAUCAAACAGGAAUACAUGAAAAUCUUCCUCAAGCUAAUGAAAGAAGUAGGUCCUCAACAGGUGCUUUGUUUACUCUUGGAACAUCUUAAACAUAAGCAUUCCAGAGUAAGAGAGGAGGUGGUGAACAUCUGCAUCUGCUCCCUCCUGACUUAUCCCAGUGAGGAUUUCGAAUUACCCAAACUGUCUUUUGAUCUUGCCCCAGCUCUUGUAGAUAGCAAAUGCAGGGUACGCCAAGCAGCUCUAGAAGCCUUUGCUGUGUUGGCAUCAUCAAUGGGCUCAGGUAAAACCAGCAUCCUUUUUAAAGCUGUAGAUACUAUUGAACUGCAAGAUAAUGGAGAUGAAGUGUUGAAUGCUGUGCAGGCCAGAUUGGCUAGAAAAACCCUACCAAGGCUAACAGAACAAGGAUUUGUGGAAUAUGCAAUACUCAUGCCAUCUUCUGCUCAGGGUAGGUCAAACCAUUUGGCACAGGGAGCAGAUACAGACUGGCUUUUGGCUGGUAACAGAACUCAGAGUGCGCACUGUCUCUGUGGUGAUCACACCAGGGAUAGCAUACAAAUGUAUGGAUCUUACAGUCCAACUGUCUGUACCCAGAGGGUAUUAAGUGCAGGAAAAGGAAAAAAUAAAUUACCAUGGGAAAAUGAGCAGCCUGGAGUUCUGGGAGAAAACCAGGCCUCCAACUCCAAGGAUAUAGAGCAGUUUUCACCAUAUGACCUCAUCCCAUCUCCAAAAUUAAAGCCCUCCCAAGGAAUGCUAGUCAAUGAUGAUUUAUGUUUUAACAGAAAAAGAGUAUCAAGAAACUUGUUUUAGAAUAGUCGGGAUUUUAACCCAGAUUCCCUUCCUGUAUGUGCAGCUGGUACUACUGGGACUCAUCAGACAAACCUUCCUGGGAAAUGUGGACAACUUGGAUUUUCACAGAUAUGUGGUAAAACUGACAGUGUGGAUUCUGACUUACAGUUCCUGGGGACAAAUAACAGUCAUCCAGAUAAAGUAUAUGUUAGCCUAAAUAUUGGCAGUAAGACCCAGCAAACAUUCAGUAGUCAAACAGAGCGUACUUCAUCAUACUCUGGUCCUGGUCCAAAUCCAAAUCCAGGAGGCUUCAUCCUUCCAUCCUAUCCUCUCUCAUCACCUCGAACUAGUCCUAAGCACACAUCUCCUCUUACUGUAUCUCCGAAGAGGUAUCAAGAUAAUUCUGUUAAUUUCUCAAAUUCCUGGCCUCUUAAAACCUUUGAAGGACUAUCAAAGCCAAGUCCACAGAAAAAACUCAUCAGCCAAAAACCAUCUGACCCUACAGGAGAAAAUUCUCAAGAAAUAUCUACUCCAGUUCAACUUAUACCUGCCUUGGUGAGAUCACCAUCUUCUCGAAGAGGCCUAAAUGGGACAAAGCCUGUCCCUCCUAUACCAAGAGGAAUAAACAUUUUGCCCAAUAAAGCUGAUUUAAGCACAGUGGGACAAAAAAAGGAACCUGAUGAUAUCUGGAAGAAUGAGAAAGAUAGUCUUACAAUUGAUCUUUCAGAAUUAAAUUUCAGGGAUAAAGAUUUGGAUCAAGAAGAGAUGCAGAACUCUCUUAGGUCUCUUCAUAAUAGUGAAGCUAAGAAAAGAGCAAAAUUGAGUGGUAGCACUUCUGAUAUUGAAAGUCCUGAUUCUGCAAUGAAGCUUGAUUUGAACAUGGAGUCCCCAUCUCGAUCUUCCUCUCCAAACAUCAGCUCUUACAGUGAAAGUGGAGUUUACAGCCAAGAAUCAUUGACUUCUUCUCUGUCUACAACUCUCCAUGGAAAGAGAAUAAUGUUAGACAUAUAUCCAACAUUUGGAUCAAAGCCUUGUCCAACAAGACUUUCUUCUGCAAAGAAUAAAAUCUCUCAUAUUGCUGAACAAAGCCCCAGUGCAGGAUUUUCAAGGUCAUCAGCAAAUUUACAGCAAAUUUCCACUUUUGACUUCACAUCCACAAAUAACUUAUCAGAAGAUUCAGUAGUAGUUGUUGGAAAAGGUGUAUUUGGAAGUCCAAAUUCAGCUCCAGCAACCUGCAGCCAGCCAGUAAUAUCUUCUGUGGAAAAUGGGGAUACAUUUUCAAUUAAACAAAGUAUUGAACCACCAUCAGGGAUAUAUGGAAGAGCAGUCCAACAAAGUAUUCCAUCAUAUCUUGAUAUUGAAAAUGACAAAGAUACUAAAGUUUCUAUUUCAAAAUCUACUUAUGACAAAAUGAGACCAAAGAGAAAAGAAGAAAAAGACCUUUUUGACAUUGAAGAUUGUGAAAAGAAGGACCAGAAUCCCUGGGAAUGAAUGAAACAUAUAGGAACUGAGAAAAUAGCAUCUGAAACUGAAGCAUCUCCUGGAGCUAUUCCACAGUAUAAAGAAAGGAUGCCUUCUGUUACUCAUAGUCCAGAAAUAAUGGAUUCAUCAGAACUACGGCCAUUUUCCAAACCAGAAAUAGCCCUCACAGAAGCCCUAAGGCUUUUAGCCAAUGAGGAUUGGGAGAAGAAAAUUGAGGGACUGAAUUUUAUUAGAUGCUUAGCUGCUUUUCAUUCCAAGAUAUUGAACACAAAGUUGCAUGAAACCAAUUUUGCUGUAGUUCAAGAGGUGAAAAAUUUACGCUCUGGAGUUUCUUGUGCUGCUGUGGUUUAUUUAAGUGAUCUUUUCACUUAUCUGAAAAAGAAUAUGGAUCAAGAACUAGAUACUAGAAAAGUUUUGUUGCACAAAGCUGGAGAAUCAAGUACAUUUAUAAGAGAAGAUGUGGACAAAGCAUUGAGAGCUAUGGUUAAUAAUGUAACUCCUACACGUGCAGUUAUUUCUCUUAUCAAUGGAGGACAAAGCCAUUUACACAUUGCAGUAAGAAGAUGUACGGCCCAGCAUUUAUCAGAUGUAGUAGAAUUUGUGGAACCAGAACGUAUUUUAUCUGGAACAAAAGAUAUGGCUGAACGUUUGUUACCAGCUGCUGCCAAGUUUGCUCAAGACAGCUCACAAGAAACCAGGUAUUAUGGUCGAAAGAUGCUUUUCCUCAUGAUGUGUCAUCCUAACUUUGAGAAAAUGCUUGAAAAAUAUGUUCCAUCUAAAGAUUUGCCUUAUAUUAAGGAAUCUGUUAAAAACUUACGACAAAAGGGUUUAGGAGAGGUACCGCUAGAUACUCCUUCAGCAAAAGGAAGGCGAUCUCACACUGGUAGUGUUGGAAAUGCAAGAUCAUCAUCUGUUUCUAGAGAUGCUUUCAGUUCAGCUGAAAGAGAGGUAACUGAAGUUCGUGAAGUCUCCAGAAAAUCAGUUCCUCGUAAUUCCUUAGAAAGUGCAGAGUGCGUUAAAGUUAUAACAAGUUUAUUAAAUGCAAAGGACUUUCGUGAUCGUAUUAAUGGGAUUAAACAACUUUUAUCAGAUGCUGAAAAUAAUCAAGAACUUGUUGUUGGAUAUAUUGUGAAGAUCUUUGAUGCUUUUAAAUCCCGACUUCAUGAUUCCAAUAGUAAAGUAAAUCUGGUGGCUAUAGAAACAAUGCACAAAAUGAUUCCUUUACUUAGUGACAACUUGUCUCCUAUAAUCAACAUGCUAAUUCCAGCAAUAGUGGAUAAUAAUCUGAAUUCCAAGAAUCCAGGCAUCUAUGCUGCUGCAACAAACGUUAUUCAGGCACUAAGUCGGCAUGUAGAUAAUUACUUGCUUCUACAACCAUUUGUAGAAAAAGCUCAAUUUUUAAAUGGAAAGGCAAAGCAAGAUAUGACAGAAAAGCUUGCUGAUAUUGUUAUGGAACUUUAUCAAAGGAAGCCUCACGCCACAGAACAGAAAGUGUUGGUUGUUUUAUGGCACCUUUUAGGAAACAUGACACACAGUGGCUCUCUGCCUGGAGCUGGAGGAAAUAUUCGAGUGGCCACAGGUAAAUUAUCAAAAGCACUUUUUGCACAGAUGGGUGAGAAUCUCUUAAAUCAGGCUGCAUCCCAACCACCACAUAUCAAAAAGAGUUUAGAGGAAUUGCUAGAUAUGAUGGUUUUAAAUUAA